UUUGAGGCGUGACGGCCCCUCCCUCAAAUGCGUCCGACGCCCAGUUUGCGCGUCAGGUGCGCGUGUCGGAGCGGGUGGCUUCAUUCACCGGACGCGUUAUCGUACACGACCGCCUGUGAGACAUGGACAAACGCGCGCUGAUCGCGGACGAUCAAUACGGAGGGAGCCUCGACACUCUGCUCCCUCGUUUACUCGACUUUUGCGUCGCCUCGUUCGCCGCCUGCUUCUCCCGGGACGCGGGCGAACUGUGCGUCCCCGUCGGCCUCUGCGCCGUCUCCGUGCUGCUCCUGCUCCUGUCGGCUCCUCUGUCCGUGUACCAGAGCUGCAGAUACGGGGCACAGAGGCCUGGCGCGAGCAGCGUCUUCCUCUACUGCUUCAUCGGUGACCUGUGCGGCACCGUGGGGGCCGUUCUCUCCAGGCAGCUGCACGUUCAGAUCCUGGUGGGAGCUUCCGCAGCCGCCGUGGAUGCCGUCAACGCUGCGUCCUGCUGCCUCCCGGCGCUGCUGUGCAGGGCCUCCACCACCGAACGGCGGCGCCGCCUGCUGAGGGGGAGGCGGAGGAGGCAGCGCCUCCUCGCCGUGUGCGUCCUCAUGGUGAUCGCAGGGGCCUUCCUCCGGUCCGGGCUCAGCCGUCCGUCAGACGGGCCCGUCGUCGGGAGGAGACUGCUGCGCGUCGCUCCCCGGGUAAGCCGCUUGGACCCCCUGCUGAGAGCCAGGAUGCAGCGCUUCACACCUGCCGUUGAACAGGACACCACGGCCGCCCUGGGUUACACGCUGGGCCUGGUGUCCGUCGUCAUCGCCUGCUCCUCCAGGCUCCCGGCGCUCUGUGGACCUUGCAGACAGUCGCCGAGCUGGGCCUCCGCGACCUCUGACCUGCUGAGCUCAGCGGCCUGGGCGCUCUACGCCGCCGCCCUGCUUCUCUAUGACACUCGGCGCAGCUUCCUGCUGAGCGCGCUGCCGUGGCUGCUGUCUGCAGUCUGCUGCGCCGCCCUGGAUCUGCUCAUUCUGGCGGCCCAGUGGUGUCGGUGGAUGAGGGGCGCCGGGCCGCAACCAGGGAGGCUCUCCUCAGACACAGAGCGCCUGUUGGGAGAUCCAGGCAUCGCUGAUGAGGAGAACGCCGGCAUGAAGAGAGCCCAGAUUCGUUCAUCAGCAAAUACAAAGAAUAAAAGUGCUCAGAAUGUGAGUGAAAUGGGACGUUACAUGGACGUCAGCGGCCGCCCUGCACGAAAAAUCUGUCUGAAAGAGGUGACGGUGGCUAAAGACAAGGGAGUCGACCGGUUUCCCGGCAGAACGGUGCGAAUACUGCGCGUUGACGGCCGCUCCUCUACCGACACAUCCGGCGACUCUUCGUUCAGUUCAGACCUGGAGUGGGAUUUUGCAGAGGCGCACGCUCGGUGGAGAGACCCGACGGCAAACGCGCCGGCCGGGGAGAAGCUCCCCCUCCUAGAACGGCCCAAAGCAGCCCAGCCCCCCCACGCCUGCGCCACGUCUGGACCCCCACGCACGGCGCCUGGUGCAGAGGAGGACGGGAGCGUCUCUGUGAGAUUAGACGAAAUGGCAAGAAUUGUCUGAGCGUGAUGUGGGCGUUACACACAUCUCCUGCUCGAACGUCCCGUUCUAAGAGCUGCAGGUAUUUUCUUGUUGUCUGUUUCUUUAGUUGCUUUAGUUUUGGCGCGUAAUAAACUCCGGACUCCAAAGACCAGCGGUGGUUGCAGUGAAUGGCCUGGCGCUGCUGGGUGAUGGCGGAUGCAUUGCUCCACUGCGUGUCACUGCACUGACCGCAUUCAUCAAGUGGCCUGAGAACCCAGGUCCGUCAGGAAGGUUUCCAGAAAGGACCUGCCCCAAUAAAACAAUAUUGGUCCCCCGCUGCUUUGCCGGGUUAUUGGGUCAUAUCCUGUAUUUUGCUAGACGAGCUGGGUUAUCGGGCCCGGACGGGACAAUGCGCCGGCGGGGCCGAUAAGCAGCGGACUAGACGGCCGGAGCUCCUCCGUCCUCUCAGUCGCGCCCAGGCCUCUGUCCGUCAGCCUGAUCCGACGGUGCUGGACGACUAACCGGGCCGAUCUAUCACUGAGGGGGCUUUCUGAGGCCUGAUAACAGAACAAUACACAGAUUAGAGCAAAGGUACGAGGGACAUUUCUCUCCUCCCCGUUACAUUUCCUCGAGUGACAUGUGUGAGAUAAACGACUGGGAAACAUCUAAUGAAGCGGAACCGAGAACCUGCUGAUAUCAGCAGCGGCAGUGAAUGCACCGCAACGCCUCGUUUGCCCUGGAAACACGAAACACAAGGACUGGAGAUAGAUCGUUAUUCAAGUUGAUUGAUUUUCACUAUAAUCAUGUUUUUGUUUCAAUAAGUUAUGUUCAUCGUUAAUGAUUUGGAGCACGUUACGAUUAAAGGACAAAAAGAA